UUUGAUGGAUGUUAUUAUGAUUACAUAAGAAAUAAGGUUGUAUUCCCAUUCCCACAGUUACUUCUCCAACAAUACUCUCAAAAACUUCUGUUGACCAAAAUCUGUAGAAUACCCGAAAUACCCUUCCUGCUUCUUUGGUCACACGCAUGCACCGUCUUCCUCUGCUCCAACCCAACACUAUCCAAUUUCCGGGUUGCCGAUACCGCUCUCUCCUUCCCUACUCGCAGCUAAAGUUUCAAUCUCUUCUCUUUUCUAUUUCGUUCUCUCUUCCAAAUUCGACGGCUUUUUUAGGUUUUGCGUUUUGCACCAAUUAGGGCUUCUCUCUCUCUCUCUGUCGAUUUUCCCUUUUUUUUAAUAGCUUGGGAUCUUCGGGUGCGGUAUUAUUUGUGUAAGAAUCUCCCAUUAGCAAUGGUUCAAUUUGUUUGACUUUUUUUUUAAAUUGCUUUUACUUAUCAUUUCAAAGCCAGGUGAUAAAAUUCUCUCUUCCUGCGAGAUUGGUAACUGUUCUGUGUUUGAUUAUUUAAGAAAACUACAUAAUUGGAUUGAUUAGGGUAGCUGUUUGACUGAAGAAAAAGACAAACUUGUACUUAUUCUGCAAUUAUGUCGUUGCAAUGGCUUCAGUAUGGAGAAAUUUCUCUGAUUCUCUUAUUUGUUGCUCCGUUUCCAUUGGCUUCUUUAGCAGCUAAAAAUAAGACAUAUAGUCUUUAUUUGUCUCCAAUAUGGUAUUGCAAAACAUCAAUGCUUGUUAGGCUCAGUUAAGAAAUUUUGAUUGUUAAAACCAUAAACUAAGAAAUUUAUUUUAUGGCUUCCUGUACCAGAUGGAAUUUAGGAAUGGACUUUGGAAUAUAUGUCUGCCAUUUGUUCUUGAGUUAUUUGCAAUCCAUAUAUAUCCUAGCAAUUCUCUUUGACCCUGGCAGGACAUGGCCGGGAAAAAAAUUAUAGCAAUUUGUAUGUCUGGCGGUGAAUUUGAGACCGAAAAGGAUGGCUCAUUAUUGUACAAAGGUGGUGAUGCACAUGCUAUAGACAUUGAUGACCAAAUAAAGUUCAACGACUUCAAGAUGGAAGUAGCGGAAAUGUUUAACUAUAGCAACGAUACAAUGUCUAUGAAAUACUUCCUUCCGGGCAACAAGAAGACUCUUAUUACUAUCUCAAGUGACAAGGACUUAAAGCGGAUGAUAAAGUUUCAUGGAAAUUGUGACACUGCUGACAUCUAUAUCAUAAUGGAAGAAACUGUUGCUCUUGAUGUCUCAAACAUGCCUGCUAGUAGAUCAAGCAGAACGACUCUUUCAGAGGCUAUGCCUCAAAUAUCGAGACCUCUGAGCAAUGAAGAUGAUGUUAUGGAUGACUCUACUCAACCUGAAAUCUCACUUAUUGUCCCUCUCGAUGUUGUAGAGGAGACCAACCAUAUUGUUGCAGACGUCGAUGAUGCACACCUCAACAUACCAGCUGAAAUUUCACCUAUGCUUCCUUUGGCCAGUUCCAAUGAUGAGAAGCAUGCAAAAGGUGCCCAGCAGUGGCAGAAUACGAUUACGGGUGUGGGCCAAAGAUUUAGCAGUGUUCAUGAAUUCCGGGAAUCAUUACGUAAAUAUGCCAUUGCACAUCAAUUUGCUUUUAGGUAUAAGAAGAAUGAUAGUCAUCGUGUGACUGUUAAAUGCAAAGCAGAAGGUUGCCCAUGGAGAAUUCAUGCCUCGAGACUGUCGACUACCCAACUAAUAUGUAUCAAGAAAAUGAAUCCAACACAUACAUGCGAAGGUGCUGUUGUGACCACAGGGCAUCAGGCAACAAGGAGCUGGGUGGCUAGUAUCAUUAAGGAGAAGUUGAAAGUGUUCCCAAAUUACAAGCCCAAGGAUAUUGUCAAUGACAUCAAACAGGAAUAUGGAAUUCAAUUAAACUACUUCCAAGCGUGGCGUGGGAAAGAGAUUGCAAAAGAGCAGCUUCAGGGAUCAUUCAAGGAUGCAUAUAACCAGUUACCUCUUUUCUGUGAGAAGAUAAUGGAAUUGAAUCCAGGUAGUCUUGCUACUUUCACAACCAAGGAAGACUCGAGUUUCCAUCGUCUUUUUGUUGCAUUCCAUGCUUCAUUGUAUGGUUUCCUGCAAGGUUGCCGGCCUCUCCUUUUCCUUGAUAGUAUAGCCUUAAAGUCAAAAUAUCAAGGGCUCUUGUUGGCUGCAACAGCUGCUGAUGGGGAUGAUGGAGUAUUCCCUGUUGCCUUUGCUAUAGUAGACACAGACACUGAUGAUAAUUGGGCAUGGUUUUUACUGCAGCUUAAAUCUGCACUAUCAACAUCAUGCCCCCUAACAUUUGUGGCUGAUAGACAAAAGGGUUUAAGGGAGUCAAUUGCUGAAAUAUUUAAAGGCUCAUUUCAUGCCUAUUGCUUGCGGUACUUGACUGAGGAACUUAUUAGAGACUUAAAGGGGCAGUUCUCUCAUGAGGUGAAGCGACUGAUGGUUGAGGAUUUGUAUGGUGCUGCUUAUGCCCCUAGCUCUGAAGGCUUCCAGAGGUGUGUUGAAAGCAUCAAGAGUAUUUCACUGGAAGCCUACAAUUGGAUCAUGCAAAACAGUCAGCCCGAGCAUUGGGCUAAUGCAGUUUUCCCAGGUGGACGAUACAAUCAUAUGACCUCAAACUUUGGGGAGCUGUUCUACAGUUGGGUGUCUGAUGCGCACGAACUACCAAUAACACAGAUGGUUGAUGUGAUAAGGGCGAGAAUUAUGGAGUUAAUUUUUUCACGCCGGGCAGAUUCUGAUCAGUGGGCAAGGAGGUUGACGCCAUCCAUGGAGGAAAAGCUGGAAAAAGAGAAUUUGAAAGUUCGUUCUCUCCAAGUGCUGGUGCCAGCUGGUAAUAUAUUUGAGGUACGUGGUGACUCCAUUGAAGUGGUUGACAUGGAUCGCUGGGAAUGCAGUUGCAAAGGGUGGCAGGUUUCUGGUUUGCCUUGCUGUCAUGCUAUUGCUGUCAUUGGUUGCAUUGGCCGAAGUGCAUAUGACUUCUGUUCUAGAUACUUUACGAUAGAAAGCUACAGAUUAACAUAUUCAGAGUCAAUACAUCCUAUUCCAUGUCUAGAAAGAGAUCUCCUGAAUGAAUCUUCUCAGGCUGCAGUGACAGUGACCCCUCCUCCCGCUCGUCGUCCACCUGGGAGACCUACUACAAAGAGAAUCGGAUCUCAAGAGGUAAUGAAGCGUCAACUCCAGUGCAGUAAAUGCAAGGGACUCGGGCACAAUAAAUCCACUUGCAAAGAGUUGUUGUAGAUUAUUAGAUGGUGUAAGUAUUAUGUUUUAUUCUCUAUUUUGCAUUUGAUGCGUGUAAAUAUGCAUUUCAUACUACUGUAACAUAUCAUACCUUGGCUCAGCACACGCUCAUCCUGUGUAUGGGAUGUGAAGUGGUCUGGUGUGAGAAUGACUAGUAGAAGGUGCGAGUUAGCUUGUUAUUUCAUGGCACAGUAAUCACUGCAAAGCUUUUUCUUUAGCAGCAGAUGAUAUAGUUUGUGGGGAGUGGCAGUGUAAGUUUUCAGAUUCGAACCAACAAUUUUUGUGGAUGACAUUUUUGGUUUGGUUAUUUUUUCAGCAUAAGAGUUACUGGUGGGCAGCCGAGUAUGGAAUGCGUGGAGAGAGGAUUGACAUGGUGGGUACACGUAAGAAGUGUUAGUAAGGGCAUGUUAAAAGAUAUAAAUAGUUGUAGGAGUAAACAAGUGGAUGGGUGGUUGUGAUGUAUGUAAUGGUAGUUUUGGUGUUUCAGUUUUAGUUAUUUUCCGCAAGAUGUAUUUCUUACUUUCAGAUACCUGGCAAGUUGGGAUGAUAAUAAUGUGGUUGUUCGGGGAGGGAAAAGCUUUUGUAGAGAAAUAGGUUCAGUGGCUGAUGGAUGAAUGAUAGAGGGUUUUUCAGGUUUUACUUGCA